AUGAGCCGAGGUUCACUCUGCGUAGAGAGUCAUAGUGCACGCCAUAUCUCCCACUCUCGAGAUAACGAAGCAGGCUUUCAUUGGCUUUUAACGACGUCACAAACAAGUUUACGCCGAGACGUGACGAACCAAUUAGAGCCGUGGCCGUCUCUCUUUCGUUCGCCGUCGCAGUUAAGUAUAUUUUCAUCGACGUUUAAUCCGGAAAAAGAUAUCGACCGUGAGAAAGGCGGAGAUAACUUUAAAUUGCGUUAGAUUAGUCUCGUUAAAGAAAAUUACUUACUCUAAUCGGAUCUAUAUGGCUAAACGGAUUUAUCGUAACUGGCUGACGCGUGAGCAUUAGACUUCUGCUCAACCGGUGACAGACAAAUUUUCUCCUGCUAACUCGCGCGGGAACUUGAAGCUUUUCAAAGCCAAGGACGGGAGACGUUUUGUGAAAAGUUUCCACGACAAACAGCCUUAAGAGCGCGGAAUUAAAGACGUUAGUAAUAGAUACACGCAUAUUUGAAUAUAAUACACAUAUUCUCGAUUCAGAAUGAAUCUUCCUUCAGAUAUUUCGGCGCGUCGCGCAACUAUUGCCCGUAUUCAUAGUCAGGCCUUAUAUUUAAGGCCUUCUUAAGUUCAUUUUCAGAUGCUCUAUAACCAAUAAAAUAACCUGUAGAGCAUCUGAAGAUGAACUUAAGGAGGUCUUAAAUAUAAGGCCUGACUACGAAUACGGCAUUAAUCUCAUUACGUCGACGGAUCCUCGCAAGUAACGAUAUAAAUAAUCGAUAGCGCCAUGAAAUAUUUUAAUGCGUCGCUGCAACUUCAAAUCUUAACGAAGCCACUAACAAGCACGGAAUACCUCGUGCUUGACAUCUCCAUUAUUCACAUCUCAAAUCCAAAUUUUCAAGUAAUGCAAUUUUCUGAUACUGCAAGCAAACUCUCACACCGGCGCGGAAUAAUGCAUUAUUGAUCAUCGUGGAGAGAAUAAAUGGGCCAAGCAGCUGCAACCGGAAUCUAAAUUCACUAAAGCGAACCAAUGAUCUAACCCCCUUCCGUUAUCGAUGAUUAAUUUACCCUGUAACGCGGCCUCGAUGUCACAGGUCACGCCCUGUCAGAACGUGCCCGUGCAGACGAGUCAAUAUAAUUUUCCGACAUGUCAACAACGGCAAACUAAUACUCAGCAGAUGCAAACUGCAGCAUGUGGCCCAUGUUUCGGAGUUUCUCAAGCUGUCCAAGGACCCUCUGGUUACGUUUACCAGCCAGACGCUUAUAUGGUAGCGCAUCAAUGUACACCGGCUGCGCAAACAAUAACGAACCCGUGUCAGCCCAUUUUCCAAAGUCCUUGUAACCCUUCAUUACCGAGUCAUCCCAGCUGCGCCCAGCUGAGUGUUUUGGAUCAAAUUCGUGCGUGCAUUAGUAACGCCGCGCCCAUCUUCAUCCUGCCCGGCAACUGUCAGCAAUCGCCGACGCCUCAGCAGCAGCAACAACAGCAACAGCAGCAGCUGUCCACGCUCACAUCGUCGCAAGCGACGACAUCUUCCCCGGCAGCUUAUCCGCAACCAGGCGGAUUAACUUACCCCGCUUUUUACCCUCCGCCGCCACUCUACUCUUAUCCUAUGCCGUUUCCUUUUUGCGAUCAGUUUAUUCGCGCCAGGGAAACGUCGCAGAAUUGCGGUUGCUGUCGCAGAAGGGACGUCGACGCGCUCACAGAAACUAGGCACGUCGCCCGAGGUAGUUGUAGUUACGACAUCGACCAAGACGAGCAUCAUUGCACGCCGACCACUGACGACACCAUCUGUUCAAAGAGGAACUGCCCGUCCUCGUUACAUCUUCAGGCAUUAGCAUCGCAGUUCCUGUCGAUGCAGGGUAUCAUAGCGUGCGCCGCCACGCGUCUUGUGUUACGGAAAAUUCCCGGCUCAAACGUGACUACCACGAUGGAGGACACGAUGGCGAGGGCGCAGAAGGCCAUAAACACGCUGACGAAGGAUCAGCUACUGUCAGAGUCGAGGAACGCGCAGCAAGUGAACGCGCUGAUCAACCUACACAUGACCGCCAAUCCACCGCCUAACAUCAUACCGGUCCUAACGUUGGUGCAGUUGAAGAUGAAUCUGCUGAAGGCGCAGGUCGAAGGUCUCGUCAGUCGAAAGCUGAUGGAAACUCAGGGAGUCGGGAUAGAGGUGGAGACUGAUCCUAUAGAUCCCACGGUCCUCGCGCUCAAGUCCGACGCGGAGCUGCGAGACCUUCUGUCGGCGCUGCGACAGAAGGAGUGCGACGAGAGGGUGAACGUGAACUUCGCGCCCUACCGUUCGCAGCGUGCAAUCGCGGAAAGCCGGCUGAGCAACGUGCAGAACAAGAUACGUCAGGUGGAGGGUGAGUUCGACCGCAGGCGGUGCGCGAUGCUGCCGGCGCCGACGUUGUCGACACGCAUCGUGCAACAAUUCACCGAUCCCUGCUACUCGGUGAGACUCGAGGACCCGAGGAGGCUGUACAGGACGUUACCACCGGACCCGUCGCCCGACCCGUUUGCCGCGAAACCGCGGAGUCCCAAGCGGCUGUUGCUGAAGCAGCCAUGCCCAGCUGGUAAUCCCGAAACUGCCAGCCAGACUACGCCUCCGGCAACUCACGACACGCGAGUCGAGAGAAGCACGGACUCGGGUCUCGGUCGAUCGGUGACGGAGCGAUCAACCGAGACCGAUCGCGAUCGUUCCAGCACAGGGACCCACGCUUGCGACAGGACCAUGUCAGAGGAGAGCGUUGGUGGAGCUAAAAAAAAACCUCGAGUCAAGAUCAACGAGAUAGACGAGACGACGGCGAGACGUGAGGACAUAGAAGAGGAAACGGACGUGUCCUCGGCGAGGCUGACUCCGGGCGUCUGUAUCAACGUCGUCACGCAAAGAUGUCGGGCGGCGAACUCACGGGAACAGGAGAGAAGCCCGCACGGGGAAGACGCGAAACGCUGGCUGACCAAAGCCUGCGUCAACGUCGCCGACUACAAACCGACGAGGACGUUAAUGGAAUCGGGGAGCGAUACGAUUACCCCCAGCGGGAAGAUCGAUGCCCGGGACGUUUGUAAGUCGUCAGAUGCGAUCGCUACUCGAAGCCCCGACCGGGUAACGGAUCGAGAGGAAUCUGAGAGAUCGGCGGAUCUGCGACAGACUGAAAAACAAGCAGUGGGUGAAAUUACGAUUUCAGGGGAGGAAAUGAGAGAGGCCAUUGAAAAAGACAACGUACCGGUUGAGAUCUCGCCGAGUGUCACGCCGAUGAAAGCUGCGCAAGAAGAGGCAAAGGCCAUCGUUGCUACAGAGAUCGCGGACGACGAUCGAGUUUUAAGCACGCAGGAAACAGAGCAAGUGUCACCGCUCGACACGUAUACUUCAGCGUUGCAGGUUACAUUGAAACUGAAGAAGGAAAAGGAUGGACAGAAGGGUGGGAACGGUGAAAUCUCGCCGUCACUAGCGGCCAAAGUGAUCAAGCGAAACGCGAGUGGACCGUCAAUUAGCGGGAGCCAAAAGAGGACCAGAUUUCAUAUCGUUUCAUUGUUGAUGAACAUCGUGUACGAUCGAGAGCGCGAAUAUCAAAGGAAACGACAAAUUGACGGCAGAACAGCAACAAGUGGAAAAAGGACCAUCCAGCCGGAUAUUGAAAAAUUACAUGAAUACAGUUCAACGGACAAUCUUUCGAGACAUGCCAACGCGCGCGACAUUGCUGAAAGAGAUCAUACGAAGAAUGCGACUCCAGGGAGACCGGAUCUCUCCAAGUUCCGCGUUGAUCGUCAGUGCCAAACGGUAUCCGAUGUUGUCAAAGAAGACACCAAGGCACCCGUCGUAUUGUUACGAGCAAAUAUAUUCCCUCCAUCGAAGCAUUUGCGCAAGCCUGUGGCAGGUAAUGAGAAAGAGAGAGACAACGUGGGAGCUUAUCCGAGUACGAUAACGAAAACGGGAAUUACGGCUACUAAAGGUUUAUUCCGCUGCAACGAUGUCGAGAAAGAUACAGCGGACACUUUUUACGAGGAUAACGCGCCGUAUCUCUCCGCCGACGUGGAGCACGACGAGAACUUUAUUUCGGGGAUAUUUUCUGUUAUCGGCAACCCUCUGGUCACUUUUAUCAAUAAGAUGAUCGCAUUGAAUAGAAGGUUAUUGAAGUCGGAUCGUGGCACGAUAUUAUGUGAAAAUAUAGAUGCUGAUGUCCUAAAAAGGACCCCGAUACGCGAUCGAUCUGGAUCAAUCCGGAUAGAUCGAAAAGAUCGCGACGUAUCCGCUGGUACAUUGGGUUGUUCUGACGUGAAUCAAGGAACUUCCAGAAGCGGUAAACAUAAUUGCCGUGAUGGAAAUUCAGUCUUCGCGAUGGAAGGAUAUGGCGGGAGGAUACGCAAAAUCAAACAUUCGAUAAUCGAGGACAAAAAAGCUAACGCGAGAUAUUUAUUGAUCGACACAUCAAAUCGCGAUUUAACGUUGACACGUGAUCUUGGGCGUUCAUAUGAGAAGCAAAGAAGCCUUCUGAUACGCAGUCGAUUAAAAGAUUUCGUAAAUUUGCAAGAUCAUCCAUGUCCUUUGUCCCUUUUAAAACACGCUGGGAACAAUGCACUCGAGUCCUAUGAAGUAACGCGCAACGAAAGUGUAAGAGUGAUCGAGAGGGCAGCAUGUAGCAAACUGAAGAGUAGCGAAAAAUUCUGGAUAUUAUCUGAAGUCACGAAAACAAAUGAAAAUAAUUGCGAGAAACCAGAAAUGGAAGAAUAUGGGAACGAAUUCAUCGCCAGGAACUCGAAACAAUAUAAUGAUCGCAAACAAGUCUUUAAUAAACAUCUACACAAUGACAUUAAAAAUAACAUGUUUACUAAACAGGAACGUGCGGGCAACGAACACGUGCUAAACGUUCACGAUUAUCUCGGAUUGCAAACUGAAAUAAACAUGAAUAUGUGCGAAAACCGCAGCACCUGUUUACUUACAUCCAGUAAUUAACGAGCGCUAAACCGUCAAAAGUCACAAAAAUAUG